UUUAUUCUUUAAAAAGCUGCCUGUUUCAGCAACAACGCUUGGGCUCAUGGCGAUAAAGAUUUGGUAUUGUAUGAAUAAGAAAUGGAAAGCGCUUACUAGCUUAUCUUUUUUUGUAUUUCUCGUGUUUUAUACUCGUCAACAUCGAAAAGUUGUUGUAAAAGACGCCCAAUUGUAUCCGAACGCAACUAAGAUAGUUUUUAUAUUAACUAAUCAAAGGUCAGGAUCGUCAUUUUUCGGGGAUCUUUUCAAUCACAACGGAAAGGCUUUUUAUUUGUUUGAACCGCUUCUGCCAUUCCGCCCGAGCUGCGAAAACGAGGAGGUUCAAUUGCAAGUAUUAAAAAAUAUUUCGCUAUGUAACUUCAAAAACUUGACCGAAAAAUAUACUGAAGCAUUUUUAACUCAAACAAGGAGUUCGGAACCAGCGGGACUGUGUGGAAAACAAGGCGUGUGUUUUAGUAUGAACCACGCGCCCGCACUCAACAGGUAUGCUUCGUUAUGUAACGCAACUCGAUCAAAAAAGCUUGGGACGUAUUCUGCCAGAACUCAAAGUCGUCUAUUUGAUCCCAAAUCACAUUUUUGUGGAUUUCCAUUGAAAACGGAGCUUUGGUCACAAAUAUGUCGACAGGCCGAGCUUUUGGCCUUCAAAAUUAUUCGCGUUUGUUCACUUGCAUCAUUCAAAGACAUUGCUCGACAUCUAACUCAAAAAGGAUAUGAUGUUCAUAUAAUUGAACUUGUUCGAGAUCCUAGGGCUGUUGUGAAUUCGGCGAUGAAGUUGGAACUUUCAGCAAAGGGAAUAAGCCGAGCUUCCAACCGUCUAUGCGAUCGAUUGAGAACGAAUUUUGAUCUUGCCGAAAAGGGAAAUGUUAUAGAUACUGAAAGUCAGUUUAUGAAAAUUCAGUUGUCUCAUGCCAGAUAUAUGCGAGUACGAUAUGAAGACAUAGCCAUAGACCCAAUCGAAGGAGUCAAGGAGAUAUAUAACAACAUUGGAUUGGAAUUACCACAUGAUGUCAAAGAAUGGGUGGACGAGACAUCGAUAAAUCCGUUACAAAAGAUAAAAGAACUGCAAACUACCGUACAAAAUUUUGCAAUUCCGGAAUCGGAUCGAAUUCGCGCCAGGAUCAAACUUGCAAAGUUAUUGAAAGAAUCCAAUAAUCCAUACGGGACAGUUCGUAAUUCACGUCAAAUUAUUUCGAAGUGGAGAAAACAAUUGUCAAUGGAUAUAAUACAUCAAGUUCAGGACAAAUGCAAAGACGUUAUGGACAGACUUGGAUAUAAAUUAUUGCACACAACUGAAGAACUUAAUGAUUUGUCAAUAAAACUUUGGUAAAAAAAAUUAACACUAGUUAUUAAAAAUUAUAUUUUAUUAGUUUCAAGCUUCUAUACAAAUACAAUUUACUCAAUGAAUGA